AUGCCACUCACUUCGGGACCAAAGGUGGUUCUGCAGAACAAUACCAACAAGAACUGGAUCAAAGAUCGUGGUUUGCGGAAGUUGAACCUCGGUAUUGGGUUUAUGCUAUCUGCUUCGGCUACUUCUGGAUAUUGUGCUAGCAUGAUCAAUGGACUUCUUGUUCUUCCCGAAUUCAACAAAUUCCUCGGCGGCCUCGAGACAAAUACAAGAGGUCUCAUCAUCGCAGCUGUCUCGCUGGGGUCAUUUCUCUCCUUCAUCCCAGGCUCAUAUAUUGCCGACAAUCUAGGCCGACGGAUCUGCGUUGCUAUCGGCUCAACCCUAGUGAUAAUCGCCGGAAUAAUCCAAGUCACCACCCAAAACCACUGGAUCUUCUUCGGGGCACGAGUCCUGGCGGGAAUAGGCGUCGGAAUAUCACAAACUGCAGCUCCACUGCUCAUCACGGAAUCCGCGCAUCCACGCCAACGGCAGGCUUUCACGGGUCUAUACAAUGCGCUGUGGUUCAUUGGAUCGAUAACGUCGGCUUCGAUUGGGUUUGCCGGGUUGUGGGUUGCGGGCAGUUGGUCGUGGAAGCUCCCCUGCUUGCUGCAGAUCUUUUAUCCGAUUUUCCAAAUUAUUGGAUUGUUGUUUGUUCCUGAAAGUCCAAGGUGGUUGGUCUCGAGGGACAGGAAGGAGGAGGGAAUGGCUAUUUUGGCGAAAUAUCAUUCGAAUGGUGAUGAGACUGACGAAUUGGUUGUGGAUGAGUUUUAUCAGAUUUGCAAGAGCAUCAAUGCCGAAGCGGAUGUAGAUUCGCGGCGGUGGAGCUCUUUCUUCAAGACUCGCGGUGAUAUGCAUCGGUUGGCUAUCUGUGUGUUGCUGGGUUUCAUGCAGGAGUGGGCUGGAAAUGGCGUUGUUUCCUACUAUCUAGCACCCAUCCUACAAUCGGUGGGUAUUUAUAACGCAUCUCACCAAGCCGCCAUUAAUAUCAGCAUGCAAGUAUGGAACUUGAUGUUUGCUGUCGGCGGAGCAAUGGCGGCAGACCGCUACGGACGACGAAAAUUAUGGCUAAUCGCUACAACCCUGAUGCUGAUCUAUCUCGCCGCUGCAACGACCAUGUCAGGACUUUUCUCAGAGCUCGGCGUACUGGAAGCUGGAAUCGCUGUCGUGCCCAUGCUAUUCCUUUUCUGUGCAGGCUACGACAUGGCGUAUAUGCCCUUGUUCAUCGCCUAUCCGGCGGAGAUCCUACCUUUCCAACUACGUGCCAAGGGUCUUGCUGUCACGUUGACAACUGACUCCUUGGCUUGCUUUAUUAACCAAUUCAUGAACCCCGUGGCUUUUGCGGCGCUCCACUGGAGGUACUUUAUUGUUUAUCUGGGAUGUUUGAUGGUCUUCCUCGUGCUUUUCUACUUGUUCUUCCCUGAGACAAAGGGAUUGUCUUUGGAAGAGGUUGCUCGCAUCUUUGAGGAUAAGGAUAAAGGGAGGACUUAUGAGGUGGAGACGCCUAGUUCGGGUGGAUCGCAGGAGUUGUUUGCUUUCCCGAAGAGUCAGGCGUGA